UUGACAACCGCUUCGUAAGCCAACUAAAAACGUAAUGCGAUGAACCAGUUUAUGUGGAUUUCCCAGUAUUUAUCUAUCAAUGAUGAUUCAUUCUUGUAAGAUCAAGUGAUGAUAUUAAUAUUUACUGGCUUUUAAUUUAGUUCUCAUCGCGCAUUCGUUUCAUAGUUGUGUGUAAGGUGUAAAAAAACAGUGAAAAAUGGGUUUCUUUGAUCACGACGAUGAUGAUGAUUUUAGAAAAAUCAGCAAACACUUUCACAACCAUAGCCACGAGGAUUUCGAAGACAACACCAUGGAGAUAGUGGGGAGCGUGAUCGGGUGCAUAGCAUUCGCUCUGGUCGUCAUAUGCCUCAUCAAGUGCUGCUGCAGGAGGAACAGGGGUCAGGUGUUGCAGCCGGCCCCCUCGAUCCCCCCCGUGCCCCCCGGGCCUAACAAUGUGGUUCAGAUAGUACAGCGGACCUACGUACCUGUUCACCCCGGGGCAGCGCCCCCAGGCCAACACACGACAGUAGUUGUGCCGGCCACCCCAGCGCCUUACCCACAGCAGACGUACCCCCCGGCGCCGUACCCACAAACAACCCCGUACCCUCACCCCGCGCCGUACCCGCAGCAGGCGCCGUACCCGCAGCAGUCGCCGUACCCACACGGCAUGCCGCAGCCGCACACGUCGCCGUAUCCGCCCAACGCGCCCGAUGCCAGCGCGCUCCCACCAACAUACGAACAGGUCAUGGGCCCAGCUGAUUCGACGCCCCACGCCAAACAACCUCCUUACAAUCCGUAUCUUUCACAUUAAGCGACUAAUCGCUGCGAUGAAUCGCCACGACAAAUCGCACGUACCGCGAUCAUGAUGCGAUGAUCAUGUGCAUUUUGUUUAUUUGUGAUUACAAUUGUUACGAAUUAUUGAUUCGAUUAAUCGUACAAUAUUUUAUUAUUAGACGUUAUAUGUCGAGUACUCUUAGUUAUUUAAGAAAUUUAACGACUUUUUCGAUGCGACAAAGCGCAGUUGCAGCCGAUCGGCGGAUCUCUGCGACCAGUCUUAUUAUAAACACGGUACUUCGUUCAUGAGCAGUAAAAUGGUUAGCGCGAUUAAUUACAAUGUCGACUAAUUAAUCACACCGACUUGCAAAAGUCGCACAUAAAAAUUGGUAAAACCUAUGAAAAUAUCCAAAUAAUUUCAAUUAAGUAUUUAAGUGAAUUUAUUUAAAAAAAAAAAAAAAAAAACAUUGCGAAUUCAAUUUCAUCCAAGAAAUGUUGAUACACAUCUAAAUUACAAUGGCGGAGGUCAACUAUUACUGGUUUUUGUUUCUUUUUUAAAUUUGGAACAAUUAAUUAAUUUUCUUUUUAUUUUGAACCGAGUGUAGAUAACACGUAAUUUUUUUUUUACAAAUAAAGUAAAAUUUAUUUUUAAAAUGUAUUAAAUAAUGUUUUCUUUAUAAACUGCUCUGGUAUUUGCAGCCAGUUACGCUUCAGUGAAAUUUAGAUUGUAUUUCUAAGGAAAUAAAACAAAUAUAUUCUAUUGUUGUAAUGAAUAAUAACUAAGUUUUAUAUUUUUACCAUCAGUCACGGUUUCGAUCGGUAUUAAAAAAAAACUCCACGUAAUCCUCCAAUUACAAUGACGUUAUGGCUAGAAAUCAUAAUCAAAGUAAAAAAAAAAUAGGCUGAUUAGAAGUGAAUAUGUUUGAUAUUAUUUAAGUCUUUUGGUUUUUUUUAUCCUCAUAAUCUAAAAAAUUUCAAAAUGUAAAAAUACACUUAUAUUCAAGUAGAAACUAGCCAUCUUUAUUAUGAGAUAAUAUGCGUUUAAAAUAUAUGUACCUACCUAAAUCUCAACUUUUUUUUGAUUAUAUUAGAAAAAAAUAUUAAACUAUUAAAAAGUUAUAGUAACUACCUAUGAAAAAAUAAUAACACGGGUAGAGAUUAGUCAAAAUUACAAAUAUGUUUUUAACGAAUUUAUUUCUCAGCAGGGAUUUUUUGUAAAUUAUAUGAAUGUUUCUUAUGAUUUGAGAUAAUUUGUCUGUAGUAAGUAAAAAUCUUUUAGUUUUGUAUAUCUUUUUUCAUUACGUAAGAGAAAUAUUUUAUAUUCUUAGCUAUUAAGCUCUGAAUAGGUACACUUGUGUAACGAAGCAGUAACCUAUAUUUUUUUUCAUUUAUGUAUAAGGAGAUAAUAAAGAAAGAAUGUUAUGUUCAUUUUCUGAUAUUUUCAAAUUGGUUGUUUCGACGUACAGACCACAUUUAAAAAAAAUAUGAUUAAAAAAAUAUAGAUACCAAUUGAAAGUUAAAAAUUUAAAUUUAGUUUAAAGAUAUGAUUAAAC